GAUCAAUUGUCCACGGGUAUCCACUGGUGUAACGCAAGGGAUUUGGAAAAGCCUAAAGAUGAAGGAGGGUUGGGUUUCAAGAACUUCCACCUUUUCAACCUUGCGCUUGUUGGGAAACAGGUGUGGAGACUUUUUGAUAAUCCGGAUGCCUUGUGGGCUAAGCUUUUAAAGGGGCUCUACUUUCCCAAUGGGGAUUUGUUUACGGCAGUUAAAGGGAGGAAAAGCUCAUGGAUCUGGAAUGGUUUUUGCGAGGUCAAGGAACAUAUGAAGGAUGGCUUGUUGAGGGGGAUCAUGCCUGGGGAGGAAUCCCAAUUCCACUGUGACCCUUGGCUACCGUCCAUUCAAAAUUUCAGUUUAUCUCAUCUGGGGUUAGAGCCGUCCCGUGUUAGUGAUUGGAUUGAUCCAACUAAUCGCAGCUGGAAUAUGGAUGCAAUCAGAAAUCUGGUGCCUGAAGAGAUUGUCCAAGCUAUUGCUAGAGUUCCGAUCGGCCCCUGUUCUGCGCAGGAUCGGUGGAUUUGGAGGUUUACAGAUUCAGGAGGUUACAGUGUUAAAUCUGCUUACCGUCUGUUUAGGGAGGUGAGAGAUUCCCCUCAAGCCUUUGAUGCAGGUUCCUCUCCUCGCCCAAACAAGGAUGAUUGGAAGUGGUUGUGGGAUCUUUCCUUGCCCCCUAAGCUUCGGUUUUUCAUUUGGAAGAGUGGUAAGAAUGCAAUGGCAACACGAGCGAGGUUGUUUGAACGCAAGUGUGCUUCUGACCCAGUGUACCCAGUGUGUGAGGAGCAUGUUGAAACGAUUAUGCACUGCUUGUUCCAUUGCAACAAGGAAUUUGAGACGUGGUCUAGGGUUGGCUUGUUGGGGGUUCCCCCUUCUGCGGAUACCAGCUUUGCGGAUUGGUUUUUUCCUCUCAGAGACAGCUUGACACCUGACCAAACCAACAAGAUUGUGUGUACAAUGUGGAAUAUCUGGAUUGCUCGUAAUGGAAUGGUUUUCGAAGGGAAGGUGUUCUCCCCAUCCACUGUGGCAAUUCUAGCUGAUAGAGAGUACCGAAACAUUAAGGAAGCUAUGGCCUCGUCCUCAGCCUCUCCUUCUUCGUCAAGAUCAGCUGGUUUGCCGUCUCAGCCUGGGAGAUCUCGGUCGACGGCCUUAUCACCGCCUGGUCCUUACAGUAAGGUUGUGCAUUGUGACGGUUCCUUUGUCUCUGAUGCACAGGAGGCGGCGUAUGGGAUUGCUAUUGCUAACUCCCACGGUCAGGUUAUCAACGGAAGGGCUGAGAGAUUCUUUUGUUCUUCUCCUAUACAAGUAGAAGCUUAUGCGAUUCUUAAUGCAGUUAUCCUGGCUGCUUAGGAUCCAGUCCCAACGUGUGUCCGAUCCGAUUGUCAGAGGUUGACGAUUGCGUUGAGACAGGAUCCGAGCAUGUGGCCAUGGCAAUGCCGGGCAACUCUUGCCCGGGUUGUUUCCAUUCUUUGCCUCUCUCCUUAGAUCUCGGUUGAGUUUGUCCCUCGUCGAUUCAAUGCCAUGGCUGAUUGGAUUGCGAGGAACUCUCGUCUCGAUCUCCUUCCUUCAGAAUGGAUUGUCAUUGCUGAUCUUGUCGCUCCAUUAUUGUAAUUGUAAUGCUUCUCACUUGCGUGGGUUUGGAAUGAAAUGAUGAUUGCUAUUGUCAAAAAAAAAAAAAAAUCAAUUGUCCACAAAUUUGGACCCUCCCGGCUGUCAACAUCUUCCUAAUGCUGUGUAGUGUACUAAAUAGUAGUCAUUGUACAUAAUAACCAGCUAAUGACAAUAAAAAAAUAAAACACGAAAUUUAGG